AUGUACGCGGCAUAUAUUACCGCCAACGUCUACUGCCUCGAGUUCUGGAAAUUGACAGCUUCAAAGGUUAGGCUCCGUGCAGCGAACUUGGCCUUGAUCAACAUGAUGCCGCUCUUUCUGGGGCCCCAUCUUAGCUUCCUUGCAGAUUUAUUUGGUGUCUCCUUAAGGAUGUUCCGACCAGUCCAUCGCUUGGUAGGUAUUACGUCGUUCGCCCUUGUGCUUCUCCACGCCCUCCUCGUGAUCGUCCAUGGCACCGGGGCUUUCCCUUUAAGCGUGCCAGAGAAUCUGUACGCACUAAUCGGCGGGUCAGCUUUAUCUAUCCUCAUCCGCCUCUCUAUACCAGUCAUUCGCAAACCGUCAUACGAGCUCUUCCUCCGCAUACAUCAAGGCUUAGCUGUGCUACUAUACGUAUACAUCUUUGCAGGAAUGGUCGCUGCAUUGCUUGUCUUUCAAUACGGUAGCGUGGUCUUUCGAAAUAAGGCCUGGGGCCGCGGUCUUCCUCGAGCCUAUAUCACUUCGUUUAAUGGUACAGUUAGGAUUCGGAUCGCUGUGCCGCGGCCGGUCGAGAUCAAAGCAGGUCAGUAUAUCAACGUGUGGAUGCCUUCCGUUAGCUGGCAUAUCUUCCAGAGCCACCCUUUUGUGGUGACCAACUGGGUCGAGGGCAAGCAAGUCACUUUGGAGCUCUUCAUUCAACCACGAAGAGGCUUGACCCAAAGGCUCUUUAGCCAGGGGACGCUUAAUCCGCGUAGCUCUAUACCUCGCCUAGCGCUAUUCAGCGGACCGCACGGCAUCAGCAUACCAGUCGUAGAGUACGAGACCGUUCUCAUAGUCGCAACUGGCUUCGGUAUUGCUGCGCAGCUGCCAUACCUCCGCCAGCUCAUUCACGGGUAUCAAACCUGCAAAGCUCACAUUGGCGUGGCUACGGAGUCUCUGUUGAAUGAUGCGUUAGAUGAAGAUACUCUAGAUGAUAGUUAUAUUCUCUGUGUCUCGAUUUACGUCGAAUCAGAUGGUGUCUCCAAGGUGCCUUUCGGCCAACGCGCAACUAUCUUUCCAGACAAAGCAGACAUCGAAGGGAUCCUUCAAGACGAGGUGUCGGGGAAGUAUAUCCAAAGACUACAGAUAGCAUCAGAAGAAAAAAGCAAGUAUCUAGAGAUGGCGCGCUUAGAGAUCACCUUCGAGCUCUUGUUCGUCUACAUUUAG